AAAAUUAUUGUGAGAAACGAAUCAGCCGUGCGAGUGACUGUCGCUGCUUUUAUUUUCUUCGACGACGUAAUUUUGUGUUUUUCUACGUGGUUUUACGAUAUUUUUCGUGUGUUUUUAUAGACAUUGCCUAUUCGAGAAGACUGAUUAAGUUAUUGUGUAUGUGGACACCCGAAAGAUAAUUUCUAAACAUAAACUUUUCGUGUAAAGUGGCAGAACGAAAAGUGAAAAACAAUUUCAUUUUAUAAAAAUACUAAACAUUUAUUCGAAGUGAGAGUAACUACGAUCAAAACAUCAACAUUCCCGUGGCAUCUCGAAGCAAGACUGAUAGACAUUAAGACUCAUUCCUAAUGUAUAAAUGAAAACACGACCAACAUGUUUAAGCUCUUAGGAGGACUGAGCGUCUACUUCAAAUACCAGCCCAUCAGGAUAGACAAUGCGGUGUUCAGAUUGCACAAUGUGUUCACAACAGUUCUUCUGCUGACGUGUUCUAUGAUAAUAACAGCGACUCAGUAUGUUGGACAGCCUAUACAGUGCAUCGUCAGCGGUCUGCCGGUGCAUGUGGUGAACACUUUCUGCUGGAUCACCUCGACUUUCGCGAUGCCCGAUGCUUUUAAUAGAGAGGUCGGCAAAGAAGUGGCCCACCCCGGCAUAGCGAACGAAUAUGACAGUGCGCAAGAGAAGAAGUAUUACACUUACUAUCAGUGGGUGUGUUUCGUGCUGUUCUUCCAGGCAAUAAUGUGCUACACGCCGAAGUUCCUUUGGGAUGCGUUCGAGGGCGGCCUGCUUCGCACCAUCGUCAUGGGGCUGAACAUAGGCGUGUGCCAUCAGGAGGAGAAGGAGAAGAAGAAGGACGUCAUCAUUGGAUACCUCCUGAGGCACGAGCGGACACACAAGCUUUACGCGUUCCGCUACUGGGGCUGCGAGCUGCUCUGUCUCAUCAACAUCAGCGUUCAGAUGUGGAUGAUGGACAGCUUCUUCGACGGGGAGUUCCUAUCGUAUGGCACCAGGGUUCUGGGUUACAGCGACGUUCCUCAAGAAGAGAGAUACGAUCCGAUGAUAUACGUGUUCCCGCGAAUAACGAAAUGCACAUUCCACAAGUUUGGUGCGUCCGGCACUAUCCAGACGCACGACAGCUUAUGCAUACUGCCGCUGAACAUCGUCAACGAGAAGACAUACAUCUUCUUGUGGUUCUGGUACAUCAUCUUGCUGGUGAUCUUGUCCCUACUAGUUGUUUAUAGAUUAGUGAUAAUCUUCGUGCCAUCAGUCCGGCCGAGGCUGCUGCACGCCAGAUCGCGGACCAUCCCGAUGGAGACGGCCGUGGUGAUCUCCCGGCGGACGGACCUUGGAGACUGGUGGCUGCUUUACAUGCUCGCUAGGAACAUGGACCCUCUUAUAUUCAGCGAGCUACUGUCAGAACUGGCGAAACGUUUAGGCGAAAAGUCUGGUCCGCGCGCGUGACGUCACAUCUCCCGCCCCACGCGGCCGCCUCCCCCUCCACCCACCAUCUCCGUGCUCAGCGAAUGACAACCGGCUAUUGCCGCCGCGGUAAAUACCUUUUAUAAAACGCGAUUGGUGUUCGAAUUUUAAAUAUUUAUAAGUAAAACUUUUGAAUUUUUUGUAAAGAACGAUUGCUGGUUCCAAUUUUAAAUGUUUUUAAGUGUAGCCUUUUUAAAGAGGUCAAUUCUGAUUGGAUAAAAAUUGACGGUAGUUUCAACAACUUACACGUAAAAGAGAAGGAAGCUGCUCUCUUUGUCUCAUGGUAAAUCUCAAUUGCUUUGCGACCUUUAGCUUCAUAUUCAUUUAGGUAUAUUACCAAUGAAAUUUGAAAUUAGGUACAUUUUUUAUGCAUGCACGCAUAUAUUCUCUACGUUUUUGAGAGAAGACUGAACAAAAAUUUUGAAAAUUGUGACAAAAAUGAUGACGGAUUUUUUACCCCGUUGCAAUAGAAUGCAUUUACAAACAUUACCCGCAUUUGAACUAAGUUAGCGCUACAAUCUUGACAAGCAAUUUUAGUGAAUUCAAUUUAUAAUUAUAAUACAUUUUAUAGAUUUGUUUACAUUUUUAUAUGAUCAUAAAACUUUGACAAUAACUGUCAUAAUUGCUCACAAAAAAAGACGAUAACUGUGUUCAUAAAAAAAGAAUCGUUUUCGACAUAGCAUUCGGAAUAAUAUACUAUUUAAGAAGUGGCAAGUUAGACUGGUGAAUUUUUAAAUUUGUAUAUUGUAUCUCAAUUCUGAUAUUUGAGAAAUUUACAACUGAUGAUGCAAAACACAAAGUUACUAUACUUUUUACGAUAAAAUGGUAUUUCUUUUGUUUUAUAUUAUUUCGAUAUCUAUGAUUCUCGAUGAUGUUUUAGUAUAUACAUAUAUUGAGUACAAAUUUUCUCUGCCCUACUACCCCAAGAAUUUGGGUUUGUUUUUAUUAUCAUAUCUUUCUAGGUAUUAUCUUAUACAUUUUUUAGUAUGUAGCAUUUUUCUUAUAUUUAAGUAUAUUAUACAUUGGCUCGAAUAUAUAAGAUCUGUACGAAUUAAGUAUAAAUAUUUUAAGGGUGAAUCUAGUGAUGGAUACUGACCAUAUUUUUAUAAAAAUUUUAAAAUUUGUGUAAAAUUUAAGUAAAUACUUCAUUUUUAAUUAGUUUAAAAUAAUAUAGGUUCGCCUGUAAAAGUCAUAAAAUCGUAUGAUUUAUAUGGGAGAAAGUAUAAAGGUAAACCACUUACCAGGUUAAUUACUUAUACUUUAUUAUAUUACUAUACUUUAGUAAGAACUAACACUAGGCUAGUUCUUACGAAAGAAGGCUGUCCAUAAAUUUAAAAAAUAUAUUUGGUUAAAUUGAUACAAGACAUUAUCUAUAUGACAAUACAUGUUUGAAUGGAUAUUAAAAAAAUAUAUAUUUGUCCAAUAAAUAUGUUCAGUAUAGUUUUCACCCUGAAAAUAUCACUACGAACCUUUUGUUUUUCAUACUUUGUAGGUAUUUUAUUAUUUAUAUGUUGUAGGAUAUAUUAUAGUUAACAUAGAUAUGAAAAUGUUCUCCACUCAUUUUUUUUUGUAUUGGGAUAUUGGUAGCAAGCAUUUAACAUCGGAUGCCACACAUUAAAAAAAAUUGUACAAAAUUAAUUUUGAAAGCACGGAAUUUUUUUUUCUUAUAUUAUUCCAUCUUGACUGUGAUAGUUAAUCGAAUUGUGAUUACUCUUUUUUUUUAUAGUUAACCACUUUUAAAAUGAAUUGGAUGUCGAAUGAAGAAAAAAUCAUUAUUUAUUCACAUUUAAAAAGGAACUAAUAUUGAAAAAAAGUAAAAUAUAAUGAAUAAAAGUAUGAAUUUUAUUAUUUCUCAUAGUGUGGUCUCCAAUGUUUAUAUCAACUUUUGUAUAUUCACUGCCUUUUUUGUGAUUACAUUUUUUUUCGCGUGGAAAAAUGUAAGUCUCUGCCUACCCCUCCGGGAACGAGGCGUGGUUGUUUGCAUGUAAAUUUUUCUUAUUAACUCUGUGCUGUAAAAUAAAAGGUUGUAUGUAUAACUUGUUAUAAUUCAUAAGGUAUUUAUAUACAUUCAAGUAGCUCUACAUUACAUCUAUUGAUGUCAACUAAAUGUAAAAUUUGUAUGAUUUCACACAAUUAAUUUUUUAGUAGUAGUAGUAAAUCAAUAAAUUUGGUAGAUAGCUUACCUUUUUUAUAUUCAUACAGAUCGUAGAGUUAUAAUCAACUUUUUUUUUCUUUUUUUUUUAAAUAUUUUUUUUUUCUUCUGACCUAUUGGGUAUUCAAAAGUGCCAAGGUGUAUUUAUUCUCAAGGGUUUUCAAAGACACUGAUAUAUACAUAUCAUACAUUCACGUCUUGAUGUGUGAUAAGGCACAAAUUAAUUAUUUAUAAAGUUAUUUAUUUAGUACAAUUUUCUCGAAUGUCGCAUAUUGUUUUGAUCAAGGAAGUACUUGUUAUAAAACGUCUAAUAGUCUUCACAGACGAGUGGUGGCAAAGACGUAAAAGGAUUGUCGAUUCAAAAAAAAGAGCGGUUGCAAAGGCAUAAUAAAGAUUGUAGGUUAUCAAAGAGGAAUAUAUGAUCAUUGUAACAAGUUCUUUGAGGCCCUUUUAAUUUAUUUAAGUCUACUUCACUCCUAUUAUUUGCUAAAGCAAUUAAAUUGAGUACCUUAACAUUUAUUCUAUAUAUGUAUUUCUAUACAGUAUAGUUUCAAAAUGGUUCUGCAGACAAUAUAUAUCGUUUAGAAUCCUACGGAAGUUUAUAAAUUUCCUAUAAAGUUUAUAAACUUGCUGUUCUUGUUAUGUUCCGCUGACAAAUAUAUAAGCAAGCAGGUUGUAUGUAUUCUUCUUGAAAUUAUGUGAUAUAUUCAUUUAGAAUUUAAGGGUACA